AUGAAAACAGCAGGAGAACCCACCGGCAUUCUUAGCCUGCCUCUUGAACUACGUCGUGUCAUCGUUCUCAGCGUCCUGAGAACUGCUUCGAUCCCUUUUGCGCCGCCAGCUCAGAACCGGUUGAAACACUUUUUUUUACUCUUCUUCCUUUUUAGAGGCCGCGACCCAAGCCACCGCGAUACUGCAUUGCGCAACUCAGGAACUGUCCUCUUGUAA